AUGUCAUCAUCCUCGAAGACGAAGCUGGAUCAAAAGCUGCGAAGUUACACACCACUUAAACCCACGGACAAAACCAAGGAGUUCCUCCACGACUUCUUCAAGACCCUUCCUCCUGAAGGAAAAGGAAAUCUGGUGGAGGACGUUUCAGGGUGUGCAGACGAUGAGAAGCUUCGGCAACUGGUCCAAAGCAUCAGAAUCGGGCUGUUGAUUCCUAUGAAAGCACAGGGUGGAAAAACACCCACUGAAAUCACUCCCUCCCCCCGUCCUGGUGUUGAAGAUUCAAUCGAGGAUCUCAAGAGCCAAGACAUCGACUCCACCAGCAGAAGCGUUCAGUCGCAACUCCGGUCCCACUGUUUAGAAAGAGAUGGCAACAAAUGUCUUGCAUCGGGGUAUUACAGUUACCUUCACCCCUAUCCACAAAACGCAAAAACGGCCCGUCUUGAAGCAGCGCACAUUAUUCCAUUUGCGCUUGGAUCCUUCGAUGCAAAGAGCGGCGAGGCUGUGGACAGACACGCAAAGAUUUGGGUCAACCUCAGGCGCUACUUUCCAGCUCUUCGCCGAAUGUCCUUUACCUCAGAACAGAUUAAUUCAGAAAAGAACGUCAUGAUGCUAGACGCCCUCAUUCACGCUGAAUUCGGACAGUUCAACCUCAUUUUUGAGUCAACCGGAAUGGCUCACCAAUAUCGAAUCAAGACCUUUCCAGGAAUUCCGACAAGGUCAAUAGAGGGUUUACCCAGAAAUCGGCUUGUCAAGUUUCGAGUUCAUAAAGGAAGUUGGGAACUUCCACAUCCUAAACUUCUCGAACUCCACGCUUCCAUUGGAAACUUCCUACACAUGAGCGGUCAGGCGGAGAUAAUUGACAAGGUUUUGAGGGAUUUUGAAGAUUGUGGUGGGCUUGCCCCGUGUGGAAGCACCAACAUCGAAGACCUUCUUGCAGUGAGCAAGCUCUCAUUACUAGCCUCGAAUGUCGACGAAACGUCCGAUUCCCAAAAGCCCACAGAGGAGCAACGUCUUGCGGGAAAGGGUCUCUCACCACUACCCUCGAAUGUCGACGAAAGGUCACGGAAGUCCACAGAUAAGCCACGUCCGAAGGAGGAGCAAGGACGCCUACAAGCGAAAUUUCCUGACACUGAGAAUAAUCCAUGGGGAUACUAA